GCGGUGUUAGCAGUCUCUGGAGAGGGGGUAACGGGGGAGAAGAGAGGGGGGCGCGAUACCUCUGUACAGCAGGAACCCACAGCCCCCUCCGUCUCCCCCCGCCCCCUCCUCCCCACUUCCUGCCCGACUUCAAACGUCGAAUCCCUAGCGCAGCACCGAAAUUGUAAACACCCCGCUCUAGCGCGGAGGAGGGGUCGAGAUUGAAGCGGUUUGGGGCAGGUAUGGAGCGAUCUUUUCCUCCACUCCCCACUUCCAGCCCUGUGUCAGUGACGAGCCUACCCCAAGGACACAAUUCUGGAGCUGGAGCGUUCAUGCCAGGAGGAAAAGGGUGCGAAGAGUCGACUCCGGGACUCACCUGUUAGGAAAUCCAGGAAAUCAUCUGCCUAUGGUCUGCAGUGACCCACAGUCUGAUUUCCCUGAAGCUUGCCUACUUCCUUCGUCCAUACUCUUCAUCACAGUUUGUGUGUGAGGAGCAGCGAUGUGAGGAGGAGGUCUUCCCCCUGGCGAUGAACUACCUGGACCGCUACCUGUCCUGUGUCCCAACCCGCAAGUGCCACCUGCAGCUUUUGGGUGCAGUGUGCAUGCUGUUGGCCUCCAAACUCCGGGAGACCACACCAUUGACCAUGGAGAAGCUAUGUAUCUACACUGACCACUCUGUCACACCCCACCAGCUCCGGGACUGGGAAGUGAUUGUCCUAGGGAGGCUCAAGUGGGACCUAGCUGCUGUGAUUGCUCACGACUUCCUGGCACUGAUUCUGCACCGGCUUCCAGUGCCCCUGGACCGACGGGCAUUGGUCAAGAAGCAUGCCCAGACCUUUUUGGCCCUCUGUGCCACAGAUUAUACUUUUGCUAUGUAUCCACCCUCCAUGAUCGCAACUGGCAGCAUUGGAGCUGCCGUGCAGGGCCUGGCUGCCUGCCCCUUGUCUUCCGAUGAGCUGACAGAGCUGCUGGCAGGGAUCACAGGCACUGACGUGGAUUGCCUGCGUGCAUGCCAGGAGCAGAUUGAAGCCGCUUUACGGGAAAGCCUGCGGGAGGCUGCCCAAGACACAGCAGUCACAGUCCCUAAAGCUCCAGAAUAUUCUGGAAACCAAGAGCCUAGUCAGACCAGUACCCCAACAGAAGUUACAGCCGUUCACUUGUAACUCCUCCCCUGUCUUCCCCAUCCCUUCUCAUGGGCCACACGAGGGAGGAAGGAACAGCAAAGAUGGUCAGCCCAGCCCAGCCUCUGCUCAGACAAUCACCUUUACCAUCAGCUGGAUGUCUGGGCCCAGGGAACCAUGGCUCCUGUUGAGCCAGAGUUUGAGAGGGGGCAGAUUCUGCCCCAUGUGUGGGCCUGCCUAGUUGGUGAGAUAGGGAGCUAGCUAAGCUCUUCCUUCUCAUUUUAUUUUUGCCAGUUUCUCUGUCAGUAGUUUGAUCAGACCAAGGCAGAAUUGUUUAGUUGGCUCUUCCCUUCCCCAAAGGCAUUACCUUUUCCCCUUAACCACACCAGGGGUAUUUGCAUUUAGACUUGAAGACUUAAUUCCAAGCCUGCCAAGUGCUUGGAGGAAAAAAUUCUGGCUGGGGGUGGGGAUCCUCCCUGGAAUCUUUUGGUAUAGCAUAAAGCCAGCCCUGGGGAAGAGAAAGGCUCAGGCCUCAUUCUUGGGGACCUGCAGCCUGAUUCCUCCUUGAAUUGCUUCCUACUCAGCUUGCCAGGUGUACAUCCUGAUGUCAAGUCAGGAAUGGGGGGGUGGGGGGAAGGCUCCAUGGAUUAAUUUAUUAUGACAAGGUGCAACACAGUGCUCAGAGUACAACGUAGGAGGGGAGGGGGAGCCUUCCUCUGCCCUCUAGAAAGUGAUCCUUUUUGUCGACGUGCCUCCCCCCACCUUCCUUCCUCCCAUCCCAUCCCCCGCAUUUGGCUGGAAAGACUUAGUGCCAAAGAUGCUGCUACAGCCUGGGGGGGGAAGGGGGGCGGGGAAGAGAGGGGCUGCAAAUCCAUUUUCCUCUAGCCCUGCUCUUUGAGGUGUGGAAAAGAUGAAUGGACUCUAGGGGUAACAAAGCCUCUCCCAGGAGAGGAAGGCAGACCCUGUUCUCUGCACAGGUGUCCCUGGGGCCACAACUCUGGUCCAGCAGGGACAUCCCAGGGUCUUCAAGCUACCUGAAUAAAGAUUCUGGAUCACACCAA